UGCUGGGAGUAAUACAGAUUCCUGGGCCCCAGCCCAGGUUUACAGAGGGCGAUGCUCAAGGCUGCCCAGCCAGGCUCAGGACUUGCUCCUCGCUGUCCCGGCGCACGCUCGCUGCCCAGCGGGUUUAGGCCGUGAGGCCGAUGCGCUCCGCCAGGGGACAUCAGGGCGCUGCAACGCUACGAGUCGCUUCCGGGCGCGACUGGACCGGGGGACCGGGGGACCGGGGCGGGGCGGGGCGUGACCCGGAAGUCGACUGGGGGUUCCGCUCCCGCGCAUGGGGAGGCAGGCUCGGACCGGCCCGCGGAGCUUCAGCCGCCCUUCGCACCCUCUUCGCCCUCCCCACCGACAUCAUGCUCCAGUUCCUGCUUGGAUUUACAUUGGGCAACGUGGUUGGAAUGUAUCUGGCUCAGAACUAUGACAUACCAAACCUGGCUAAAAAACUUGAAGAAAUUAAAAAGGACUUGGAUGCCAAGAAGAAACCCCCUAGUUCAUGAGGCUGCCUCCAGCACUGCCUUCGGGAUACACUGAUGCUACUGCUCUUGAGGGCCUCUUUUACCAUCUGAACCAAAAGCCUUUGUUUUCAUCUUCAGCCUCAGCGCUCCUCUUCUUUGCUAGACCCUGUGUUUUUUGCAAGCAAAAUGGGGCCCCAAUUUGAGAACUACCCUACAUUUCCAACAUACUCACCUCUUCCCAUAUUCCCUUUCCAACUGCACGGGAGGUCCUAAGACUGGAAUUAUGGUGCUAGAUUAGUAAACAUGACUUUUAAUGA